AUGAGUAACCAGAGCAGCCAGGGUGCCCAGGGGAGUGAUUCUCAAGUGACACGUCUUAGGCAGACCCUGUCCAACCGUGGGUCUGAAAUCUAUACAUUAUGCCGCUCACACUGCGAGAACUAUGAGGCCCACCAGAGUGAUAACUACUCCACAAGCUUGAGCAGUUUGGGCUUCAUGAACCUUGGCCUCACUGAGAACAAGCUGUGCACUGAUCUGCUGUCUGAAAGGUUGAGUAGGGAGGACAUGGAUGAGACUGAUAAACUCUGGUCAGAGUAUCCCAACUUGAGAGGUCUUCCGUGCUUGCGGAAGGCAGUGGCCCACUUCCUGAGCAACUACUGCAGAGCUCCUCGCCUCCUGAAUUCAGAACAUGUGGUUGUUCUCAAUGGCUGCUCUGCUGUCUUCUCUGCGCUGGCCAUGGUUCUCUGUGACCCAGGGGAUUCCUUCCUGGUCCCCACUCCCUUCUAUGAGGGCUUCAUCUUUACCUCCAAGAUGUACGCGAAUAACGAGCUGAUUCCAGUCCAUGUGGAGAGUGAGGUCACUGGGCUGGACACGCGCCCCUUCCAGCUCACUGUGGAGAAGCUGGAGCUGGCCCUGCAGAGAGCUAAAUCUGAGAGCGUGAAGGUCAAAGGCCUCAGCCUUAUCAACCCCCAGAGCCCUCUGGGCCACCUCUACUCCCCCAAAGAGCUGCAGGAGUUCCUGGGCUUUGCCCAGAGGCACAAGCUGCAUGUGGUCGUGGAGCUCUACAGGCAGUGUGUGUUCAAGUCGCUGGGGUAGCGCAGGGUCCUGGGCCUGGAGAGCCUGCCUGACCCCCAGAAGACCGACGUGAUGUGGGCCACCAGCAGGGACUUUGGGAUGUCUGAGCUGCUCGGCACGCUGUACACGGAGAACCGGGGUGUGGCCGCUGCCGUGGCUUCCCUCUGCCGUUCUCACGGCCUCAGCGGCCUGCUGCAGUUCCAGGUGGCCCGGCUGCUGAGACAGGAGGAUUGCUUGAGUGUACUGUACCUGCCAGAAAACCACAGCCGGCUCAAGCCUGGCCACACCUACGUCUCUGAGGAGCUCCUGAGUGGGGGCGCAGGCUUUUUCCUGAGUGGGGUGCACCUGAGGGUGCACCUUCGCCAGGGCACCUUUGAGGAGGACAUGCUGCUCUGGCGUCGCUUCUUGGAGAGCAAGGUGCUGCUUUCCUUCGGCAAGGCCUUCCAGUGCAAGGAGCCCGGCUGGUUCCGCAUGGUCUUCUCAGACAGGGCCCGCCGGCUCCGCCUGGGUGAGGUGCAGAGGGUGUGCCGGGUGCUGGAGGGGAAAUCCCAGGAGGCCGAAGAUGCCCCUUCCGGUCACACGCAGGACCCCAACGAGCAGCACAAAUGAGGUGGCCUUUGCCUGGUAAGGAGCCACUGUCCCCAACCACAGAAGACAGAGGACGGGCCACUGGCCAGCAGGAUUCCCGAUUCGGCUUUGCCAGCGCAGAGCUGCUCCUGUCUUCCUCGGUGACAGCAGGAGACGCCUUCCGCCCCCAAGGUCCAGCCUGGGACCAGCUGAGUGCCCCUGCCGUGAUGUGCAGCACCAGGGCAUCGUGCCAGCCCCGAAGCACAGCCUUCAGCUCCCCGCCCUAGAGGGUGCAACUGGCAGCAAACAACUGUCCCUUCCUCCUGAGGGCCCUUUCUUGCCUGGGUCUUCGUGGCCAGGGCAGUAAGCCAGAAGAACAGCACACAGAGAGCUACAAAUGUACCGUUCCAGCGAGGACGGAAUCCACAGCCUGCCAGAAAUGACCUGUGGUGGGACCCAGGGGUC